CCUGCUCAUGAUUGUUUAGGCAAAAGAGUUGUAUCAGAAAGUCAAUCAGCAAACAGAGUCUCUGCGUGGUUUAUGGGUAGCGAAAUUGAAUCUUCGUGGUCGUUCAGCAAUUGCUUCACCCGAAGAUUUGCAACUUUACGAAAAUAAGAGGAAAGAGGUGUGUACUUUGUUUCUGUCUCACGAUACAGCUAUUUUUGUCCCUGUUGACCUGAAUUAAGUUUAUAUGGUACACGUAUUGAUAUGUAAAUUGUAAAGCAGAUUUACACUAUCGCAAUUUGUUUGAUAAAAAAUUUAGACUUAGACAGUACAGAAACUUCAUUAUCUUUAGACUGUAUAUCAAAAAUGGGUUUUGUAGAUGGAAAAUUUGAGCGGAAGAUUAUAUACAAUUUUAGACCUAACCAGGUUUAGACCUAGACUUGCGGCCCUGCGAUUCUGGUGCAGCGCUCUAGUUCAUGUUGCAUUUUUCGCAAUUGCUCCUGGUUCGAUCUAUAAAUAAAUGUAUAAAAUUCACACUCAAAAUUUCCAUCUACAAAAUCCAUCUACAAUUGACCACUUGCGUAAUAGACUUAAUUUUGAUCUAGACAAAAAUUUCAUCACAGCUUGAAAGAGCAUCACAAAGUUAGUAAUAUUCCAAAGUUUCGUUGCGAAAUGUUGUAAAAUGCGGAUAAUAUAGCCUUGCGAAGUUGACAACCCAAUAUUGGGGCUGUCAAUUUCCCGUUUGUAAUCUAAAAUGACUGAAAAUUGCAAACUUCGCAAGGCUAUAUUAUCCGCAUUUUACAACAUUUCGCAACGAAACUUCGGAAUAUUACUAAUUUUGUGAUGCUCUUUCAAGCUGUGAUGAAAUUUUUGUCUAGACUUGUUUAGAUCAAAAUUUAAUCUAUUACGCAAAUGGUCAAUUAGUUCUACCUGUAUCGAGUGCAGAUGUUCAAAAUCCUGAUAAAUAUCGAAAACUAUAAAUGAUGUUGGACUGUCGUAUUCAAUAAAACGACAAUAUUUUUGGUGGACUAAUAUAUACACUUGAAACAUGGUUUAUUUUAUUUUGCAGCUUGACGAUGAAGUGGAACGCAGGAAAGAUCUUGGAUUCACUUUCCAACAACUGCUACGAAAGGAGUUGGAUAUUCUGGAUGAAGACGAGAAGGGACGUGAAGAACAUCAAAUCUCGUUUAGUGCUGCCGUUUCUGAAACCAUGCGUGUUUUGAAUGGACUCACUGAAAGUACGACGUCAUUAACACACCUUGACAGGCAAAGGUACAGUGUUGCUUUAUGUGACAGGAUUAGUACGACAAAAGUCUAAAAAAGAGAGCUUUUUCACAUUUUACUAGCACAAAGCUUGCUUUACGAAAUAUGGUGAACUAAUAAUUUCGCCAGAGAACAUUAGACAUCUCCACCCUUUUUCUAGCUCGUGGAGACGACGCCCACAUACAAUCUAAGGGUAAGGUAGAGUCGGGUUACUGUGACGACUUGCGCCGGAAGCCUUACAAGCAAUCUCUGAGGUUUGCGAAAUAACGGUCGAAUUCAGGGCCUGUAAAAUUGCACCGUUCCACUUGUUUACACUGGACCAUUACCGAUUUGGUCGCGGUUAUGGUGUAGUUUACGAAUUUUCUAUCUUCCGAGUAAACAUUCAAAUUUCAUAAAAUUGCAAGCGCCAUGGUGGGCUUUUGUUUACAAUUAUAUAAUGACCUAUUGCUUAUAUUUUACAGAGUGAACGCAAAAGUUGACGCUUUAUUACAAGACAUGACAGUUGAGGUAACCAGUGAAUGUCAACGACGUGGAACGUGGGCCUUGCUAGGUCAAAUGACUGGUGCUCAACUAUGUACUGCUGAAGGCGAAGCUCUUCGUUAUAAUGAUAUAUUUGACGCCGAUGGAAACCUUUUAUCAGAUGAUCUCGUUGAGCUGGAUCCUCACACUGGACUGUUUGUACCUAGAGAUGGGGCUUGCAAUAUGAUGCUGGCAGAUAACUUCACAGUGGUACCUAUUCCAGCUGAUUUCUUUGUUCAUCCUAAAACAGCCAAAGUCAUGCCGAUUGAAGGUAGGUUUCUAGCUUGUUCUUUCGAGUAAAGAUUUACUACUUACUUAAGCGAAAUUGAAUUCAUUACUCAACUACUACCGACUAUGUAUAGGACGUGCAAUUUAAGGCUUGCAUGCAUGUGAGCUUUCCAAGGGCAAUUAAAUGCCAUUUCGGGAACGUUUCACAUUCUUUACCUUUUGCCUUCUUUACCAACUGAUGUUGAGAUAUAGAAUGAGUCAGCUUGGCCGCUGUCUUUGCAUGCUCUUUACCAGUCCGUGAUAAAUUGUAUGUUUUGUAUGAGUUCUGUACAAUGGCACGGGAUGAAUUAUAGUCGACAUUAUUCAUUUACUCACGUGUGUGAUAUAACCCCGUGAUACACGAAAACGAGGCUCUAUAGCCAAAGUGACGUACUUUUCGGAAGGGUGUAUUCAGCUCACAUUUAAUCUACAUAUUAAGAACAUUCACUAUCCGUGAAUACUUUAACCAAUCAUAAAAUCAUCACCAUUUGAUAAUAUUAAUGUAUGGUUAACAUUCAACAAAACCGCUAAUUCAGUCGAGUAAGUCACCAUCUCAAACUCAUUAAUAAUUCAUGAUAAAUUAGCCAACCAUAUUGCUCUAUUUUGCUCACAUGACAAUACUGAAUACCUGAUGAAGUACAUUGAUCCAGUCCUAGGACUGGAUCAAAAUUAAUUCAGUCCUUGGACUGGAUCAAAAUUCAUUAAAUAGUGAUUUAUUCGCAUGAGAUGUCAUUUCAAAUCCUCCAAUUCGGACUGAACUAGAUUUCAAGUCCUCGCAUUUUGAUCCAGUCCUCGGCUUCGCCUCGGACUUGAUCAAAUUGCGCGGACUAGAAAUCUAGUCCAGUCCUCAUAGUCGGAUUUGAAAUAUUACAUAAAUCAGUCUAAACAAAAACUUUUUUUUCGUAGGUAAUGUUGUUUAUGACUCCGUUACUACCCACCUCGUGGUGACCGCAGAUAAUGUCAAUGACGAUACAGGAAAUCUUAGUGAAACUCCUAUUCCGUACAUUCCUUACCCUGUUAAUCCCGAUACGGGUAAACCUGUGAAGAACAAUUUUAUUCAGCCCACUAAACCAAGUGAGAUAAAAUAUGGUGACCCUACCAACGACCCAAAGACUGGCCUCAUUGCACCAAUAUUGGGAGUCACCAUUCAUCCGGAAACUGGUGCUAUCUAUCCGGUAGGCGGCUGCCAGGAGAGUCCAGUUACAGGGCUACCUGUACCUAUUGAACUUGGUUCUAUGAUGUUUGACCCGAAGACCGACCAACCAGUACCAGUGGUAUCAAUAACAAUAGACCCUCGCAGUGGUUUUGUCAUCCCCAUUGGAGGAAAUAUGACAGAAUCAGGGAAAGGUGAAGAAGUGCCGGUUAUUAUGGGGGAGGCAUAUCUAGAGCCUUUAUCAGGUAAAAUAAUAAUGAUAUUGGUAUUGAAAAAGCGAAAUCAAUUUUUGGAUUAUAAUGCUCGAUAAAUUGAAGACCAUUUUGAGGAUAGAACCUAAUGUCAUAAAAUACCCGUGCAGCGGCACUGCAGCGUACAGUUUAACGUGCAGUUUAAUUAACGUACUAUCGUUAAAUAAUACUGUAUCUUUAAUCCGUUUUUCUUCGUUCUUAGGAAAUAUUCUCAAAGUGACAGGAGCUAGACUUAUAGAUGAAGAUGAUGAGAAAGAGCUAGAAUCUAUGGGUGGUGGCUAUCCUAAUGCACUUGACGUAUGUGAGCUAUACCAUGAAUCACGUGUGAUAGAUGCACUUCGUGAAUGGAAAGAAGCAGCAGCUGGACACGAGGCAUUAUCAGGACGCCAUGAAAAGAGCAUAUUGGAGACAAGGUAGGAGAAGUAAAGACAGUCAGAAUAAGAAAGAGAGACUAUAUUGUGUUACAGUACACUUAAAGGAUUAGUGUCACACCAUGGUAUCGCGGGCUUUUGUUAUUGUUUUUAUCUUACUCAAAAUGAAAAAAUACAAUGCAUUGCAGUGACGUGCAAAACAGUACUGCAAAUAUUACAGUACAUUCUACAAUUGUGUUGUGUUGUGUUGUGUUGUGUUGUGUUGUGUUGUGUUGUAGUAUGUUGUGUUGUGUUGUGUUGUGUUGUGUUGUGUUGUGAAGUACGGUACAAUUACAUCACCAUUUUAUUACUGUAUUCUAUACGUGUUUGGCAUUCGGCUUUUCGGCAAUUGAUUACAUAAUAUGUACAGUAUGUAUGAUGCUGCAUAUCGUAUUUCGUGUAGAUUGUUUAGUAUUUUAACAGUUUUACUAUUCCAUACCCUUUUUUGGGAGAAUCCUGUAAGGCAACCCCCGAAAUGUGUUGAGUCGAUAUGUAAUUGAACUGAUAAUCACAAAUUCAACAGGCUUUAUUGUUCGGACGAUUUUUCUAAGUUACCUAAGUCUGGUUUUAAUACGAAAUGUAUAUUUUUAGGCUGAAGGAGUUGUCACGAUCCAAAGUAAAAGUGAAGACACACUUGUUGCGACAUUUACACGCAGUUUUGAAGCGUGAAGAACAGACUACCGUACUUAUGGAAUCUGGUGGAUGCCCAGGAACAUACGAAUAUUAUGCAACGGGACAAUUAUUGCCUAUUUUAGUCGGAACUACCAUGCGAGAUAUGUCUGGAUCAGGACUUGAAGUUCCCAUACUUGGUAUUGACAAGGAUCCGGAAAACAAAGAGGUUAUGCCGUUGGGAGGAUCACUUGAAGAUCCACAUGGUAAUGGACUGGUUCCCAUUAUGCUCGGCGAAAAAGCGGUUGAUCCUGUGACGGAAGAAAUGUCUACUAUAUGCGGUGUGAAGUUAAACAAGGACCUGAAGAUAACAGAACCGGUAACACUGUCUUCUUCCUUGAAAAAGAAGCGCAAGGCACAUCCUACUUUGGUAAGUAGACUAGCCAACUAGGAAAAACAUCAACUUAAAUUCCCGCAUUGCUGAGAACAACGAAAUUUUCAUUUAUUCGAUUGGGUGCGAACCUGUUACAUUCUGCAUUCUGGUAAACAACCCCGUCUUCUCAUUGAUAAAUGGCAGUUUUCAAACUUGGAACAGUGUUUUAGUUCUAUUUCAGAUUUAAAUUCACUUCUCAUUUCACUUCAUACUCUUUUUAACACUGCUAGCUGAUAACAACAAAGAGUCUGUUGUUUCAAGCCAUACUUUCAGGAUUCAGGUUCGCCAUUCCAUCCUCUGAGUAGUGCCCCCGUUGCGCGGGGCCCGGGGCAAAACGUUUCAAGGGGGCCCCUACCUCGACGUUCAUUAAAUUGUCCGACGUAUAAAAAUGUUUUUCGUUAUCUUAAAAUGUUCCCGCAAUUCAUUUAGUAAGGGCCUUCGGUGCUAUGGGGCCCCCUUUUCAACUGGAGCCACGGGGCAAAGUGCCCUGCUGCCCCCCACACCCCUCUCGGCUGGGGCGGCUGGCUCUGUGUUACCCUCACCCUACCUCUGAGCUAUUGACUCAAUGGUAUGGAAGAAAAUCGACGUGCCUAACAGAUCGAGCCGUUUGUUAUUGGCUUCGUUAGCGAUAAAUUUAAAGAAAUAUUAACUGCGAAAACAGCUUUAUGUGUAUUGUUUUUCAUUCACGUAAAGUUGUACAUUUAGUAAUGUGGUAUUUAGGUCCUCAAGCAGCCCCAGAACAAAGUUUAAUAUUAUACAAAUUGUGUUUCUUUAUCACAGCUUUCCAUAUUGGAAGAAGAAUAUGUUGCACGAAGAAGUUUCUGGCGUCGUCAGCGUCAUCGCGAAAGAGAGUUGUCAGAACAGCAUACUACUUUGAGAAAACAGAUACUUGAUAACUACGACAUUACCUUCAACCACGUCUCUGAGCAAAUGGAGUUGAUUAAUGAAGGUAUUAGAUUGAUUGUUAUGAUUUAAACAUGUUUGUAGUUGACUUAAAGCCAACAUAUCAUUUCUUGCCUCAUUGUAUAAACAUAUAAGUCAUGCAGUUUUGCUAAAGUGAAAUUUUAUUCGUUAGUUUCUUCAGCUAUAAAUCUGUAGCUGUUCAAUAUUUCGUUCAGUCAAUAUUUCCGUAUGAGCUUUCUGCCUCCUUUUUUCUAACGCCGUAUAAUUUUUAGGACCUUUAUAACGCAUAGAUGUCUCAUACUAUCUUUAAACUGCUUUUGUUCUUGUGAAAUUCGAAAUUUCUGUUUGAUCACAUGAAUUAUAAACAGGCUUGUAAAUUAGUACAUCCAAGUGUCGUGAUCACACCUCCUCCCAUUAAUAGUUUCUCAUCUUUUCCGUUGAAUUAAUAAUUCAUACGAAUAUAAAUCUGAAAUUUUUUAUUAAUUUCACAGGAGUAUCCUCUCUAUCUGACGCAGAACAUCGCGAAGCACAGCGUCGUGGUGACGCCAACAUCGAACAAACUGCUUCCUUACCACCAUUCAUUGUACAUUGGAUCACUAGAUUAGAUCAUCCGGAAAAAGAAAGGGAGGAAAGUCAUCAAGGUGCACUGAUCAGAUUUGUGGAUGUAAUUGAAAGAUUCUUUGCCAAGUUACAAGCUGAGGAGACCAAGUAUAGGGCAAGGAUGGAUGAACUUGAGGUAAGAUUGUUACAAAGUAGAUACUGUAAAAAAAAAUAUGAAUCGUGAUGAUAAUGAUCAUCGUCGUCGCUCUAUUUUUUAAUUCAGUAAGUAUAUUCAAAUAACAUUUCUUAUUGAGUGGUAGACGUUGUCAAGAAAAGUAACGCCAUAAUGAAAUACCAAAUGAUGUAUUGUGGCUACUAACGUUAUUAUUAUAAUUAUUAUACGUUUAGAAGUUUAAAACGCGAACUGCGGACUGCAAUGCUCAAUAAAAUUCACCACUGAUUUUUUAGAAACUGAGCGUUUUACUAAUUUGUUAGUAACUAUAAAUCUUUCAUGCAUUAUCUGCGCAGUGUCUUUUUUACAGAUUGGCAAACAAAAGGACAAAUAUAGAGAAAAUGUCAGAGUAAAUCAUUCUAGUUUUUAAUAAGUUGCCAAAAAUUUGGGGAAAUUAAAAUAAUACUUCUAUAUAAGCUUUGAUUUAUGUCUAUGAAUAGGGUGCUUUAAAUCCAGACGCGGAAGCCAGUGUUACGGAGAGACAUUAUCAACUGAAGGAUAGACUGAGAAGUGAGCUCGAAGAUCAACUGCAAACUAGAACUGAACAACUCGACCAAGAACAUGCUGCAUUGGAGUACGUAAGAGAGAAAGCUGAGUUGCUGUUAAAUGAAGCAAAGGUUGGUGCAUUUUUCGCUUGUAUACAGAUUACAUUAUAAAUCGUAAAAUAAUUUAACUGACAUACAUGACAUGACAUGACUGAUUGGUAGUCGAAAUGUAAAUAUAUUUGUUUUACAGUUGAUCCUUGGUGGUGAAGGCGCUUACACUGGCGAUUUUAGUCUUCUUUUGAACGGUAUAUACGGAGACGACAUUCAGUUGUCAGAGGCAAACUCUGAACUUAUCCCUCUACUGAAGCGAGUGAUCGCCUUGCUGCAGGAGAAUGGCAUUUCAUUAUCUGCCACACGUUUACCGCCUGGCUAUCCUACUGGUGUUUCUGUAGUCGCUGAGGAACGACCAGGUAGAGGGAUGGUAGCUUUGCAAAAGGACGAAUCAAGUCUUCCUGCAUCUGUCAUCGUUCACGAAGGUAAGAUAUAAGUAUAUUCCAUAAGAUAACUAUAGCUCUGGUCAAAACACCCUUUGAUUCAAAUGCAUUAACGCAAGCCCCCCGAUAGAUUAAUUAGUACUUUUCAUUAGUGUCCUGUAACAUUUUAGACAGUUUAGGUAAUAGUUUCCUAUGAUUCCGAACUGAAAACUUAAAACGACCAAAAGUGCAUUUCACGAGCACGGCUGUGGAUGUCAAGGUUAAUUGGGGUGGAAAUUUGCCCUGGAUCACAGAAAUGCAAGGGACUUACAAAUUUAAAAGGGUCGAAAUAUUCUAAUUAUUCCAGGCUUUAGCCCGUGGAAAAUUUGUCCUCGUAACAAAAUGUCUUGGUUCCCAUGGACCAUAAAUCCAGAACUGAGACAAAAGGUAAUCUUUCAGGGGACGUUACAUAUGAUACAGUAGGUCAAUUUAAAAUCCCCUGGUACUUAUUGGAGCAAGGAAUGCGGUUAACUGUUCCAUCUCAUGUAUUAUAUGUAUCUCGCGUGUGAUAUUUGCAAAAUUUUACAGCACCUGUUGGAAAGGAAUCAGUCCAUACGAGCGUGCCUUCGCAAGCAAGAAUUGAACUAGGAAGAAUUCCUUCGUCUACAUCAUCACAAGAACCUACCAAGCCAUCCAUGUCUGCAGAUCAGAUAUUUAACAACCUUCAAGUCAAUCAACUUGGCGAAACGUUCAGCGGAGGAGAUGUGAGUGUAUCAGAGAUCGCUGCCACUGGUGAAUGGAACGAGGAAAAGCGAAGGGAAAUUGGUAAAAAUCUACGAGAGAAGCACACUUUGGAGUGUGUGGAACACGAGAAUGAACUAAGAGCAGAAGAGAUUAAGGUGAAUAUAUCGUUAAUAUACAACGAACAAGCAGGUUUACAAUUUCGGCCGUUUUUAAACCCGGAAAAAUUGUUUGGAGGAUGUGUAUGAAUUUUGUGUUGAACAGAACUAGUACCAAUACUUUAUAAUUUAGCUGUUAAACGUUGACAACGUACUAACUUGAACCUGCUCAUUUAAUUUCUCCUAUAGUAAGUUGUCUAAAAAUGCAUGGCAUACUGUCAAAGCUUUCGUUGAUAGGGAUGCAACUACCUGAAAAAUACAAGGAGAAAUUCGACGUUUCGAGCGAAGGCCCUUGGUCGGGAAGUUAGAAUUUCUCCUUUUGUAUCCUUACCAACGAAAGCUUUGUUAUCAUUGGCACUGCCUACACACUGCUAUACAGACCAUUCAGGCGGUAUACUGUCAGAGUGUUUUGUCUAUCAUUUCCCUACUGCUUUCUUUUAAUUUUCCUAGCCGUUUAACGUAUACAUUUUGGUUGCAUUGCGUUGAUAUAGACAAACGAAAUUUCUUGCUCAUGAAACACGUGAACAAAAACCUAUUUAUAUAUAUAAAAUUUACAAUGCAGUUUUAGUUAUUCGUAUAGAUAGCCUAUUUUUUGUGCAAAUUAGUCAUUUCUCUGUCAAUUCAAUGAAUUCCUCUUUGUUCACGUUAGUUAUUUAUUUGAUAUCUUUAAAUUAAGGCAAUUCAAGAGGUCCUUGAGGAGUAUCAAGAAAAAAAGAAUGCGAAGGUCGAUCAAUUAAGAAACGAACUUCGUGAGAACUUACGCCAAGCCACCUCAAGUGAACAGAGAGAAGCCAUGUUCGAAGAAUAUUCUCGGAAAAUGGAGGAAGCUAUUCAAACAUUGGAAAGUGAAAAAGAAGAAAAAAUGAAAGAAGUUCGGCAACGCUUGAAACGAGAGCGACUGAGGAAAAAGAGAGAGUUGUAUAAGUAAGUCAACUAAGACUCUCUCAGCUUUUAUAACCAUAUUAAGGCUUGUUUGCAUAGUUACACAGCUUUAUGGCCGAAACGAGUAUGAAGAUGACAAUAUUGUCAUUUCGUUAGUCUUCCUAGUCGUGGUAACAGUGACUUUAAUGCGUAUAAUUAUUUUACUUGAUAUUAACCACACUGUUAAUUUCAGGAAGUUAAUUUAACUGCAUGCAGUGGAGUUAUUUUGCAUCCAAUUUUACUCCACAUUUGGAGUUAAAUUAGGUUCUAAAUAACUUUACUGGGAGUUAAAUUAACUCCCUGAAAUUAAUAGGGCAUCUAUGACCGUUCGUUGAGGUCCAUGCAUCCAUGCAUUCGUGAUGAUCAAAUGUGUAUGGUCCGUAACAGUAAUGUUGACUUUACUGAACAGGUUAACCUGUAGAAAUAUGAUUUAUUAUUGUACGAAUGUACGUUGUAUUUUGUGGUAAAGCUGAAUCAUUCAAAUACCAAACGUAGCGAAUCGUAAGGCACCCACACAAAGAGCUUUUGAUAGAAAAGGUAAAUUACACUGAUAACACUAUAUAGUAUUUGCAUCUUUAAUUAAAAUUUCAAAAUGUUAUUGUUUUAGCCGUCACAAAGAGGAAGCGAGAAGAGCUGGUAUCGAGCACGUGGUUGAUCUUGAUCUUCCUAGUGAUGACCAACUUGAACAGGACCUGAUACAACUUGCAAGAGAGCAAGAAAGACUGCUGACUGAACUACAGCGAGCUUAUGCUGAUGAGGAUGCUGAGCUACGUGACGGUCUUGACACCGAACGUAAGGCCAAGUUUGAUGCGGAUAUGGAAGCACUGGCAAGAGCCAUGAGUACAUUAGUUCCAACUGGAGAUGUACAAGACGCCAUUAAUGAAAUAAAGGAGGUACGGUCAAUUAAGUAAAGUUUAAUGUCAUAUUUACAUUAUAACAUAAAUAUAGCAUAUCGC